GCGCGCCCGUCUCAAGAUGGCCGCGGCCAUGCUAGGCCCCGGGGCUGUGUGUGCGCAGCGGGCGGCGGCGGCGGCGCGGCCCGGGCGGCAGGCGCGGCAGCGCCGCUAGCCUGGCCCUCAGCCUCUCCUCGCGAUCGCUACCUCUGCCUCUCCCUGCCUUGCCCGGUAUGGAUCUGCCCGUGGGCCCGGGCGCGGCGGGGCCCAGCAACGUCCCGGCUUUCCUGACCAAGCUGUGGACCCUCGUGAGCGACCCGGACACGGACGCGCUUAUCUGCUGGAGCCCGAGCGGGAACAGCUUCCACGUGUUUGACCAGGGCCAGUUCGCCAAGGAGGUGCUGCCCAAGUACUUCAAGCACAACAACAUGGCCAGCUUCGUGCGGCAGCUCAACAUGUAUGGCUUCCGGAAGGUGGUCCACAUUGAGCAGGGGGGUCUGGUCAAGCCAGAGAGGGACGACACUGAGUUCCAGCACCCCUGCUUCCUGCGUGGCCAGGAGCAGCUCCUUGAGAACAUCAAGAGGAAAGUGACCAGUGUGUCCACCCUGCGGAGCGAGGACGUGAAGAUUCGCCAGGACAGUGUCACCAAGCUGCUGACUGACGUGCAGCUGAUGAAGGGGAAGCAGGAGAGCAUGGACUCCAAACUGUUGGCCAUGAAGCACGAGAACGAGGCCCUGUGGCGGGAGGUGGCCAGCUUGCGGCAGAAGCACGCCCAGCAGCAGAAGGUCGUCAACAAGCUCAUCCAGUUCCUCAUCUCGCUGGUGCAGUCCAACCGGAUCCUGGGGGUGAAGAGAAAGAUCCCCCUGAUGCUCAGUGAUGGUGGCCCUGCGCACCCUGUGCCCAAAUUCGGCCGCCAGUUCUCCCUGGAGCACGUCCACGGCUCUGGUCCCUACUCGACUCCAUCCCCGGCCUACAGCAGCUCCAGUCUCUAUGCCCCAGACGCGGUGGCCAGCUCCGGACCCAUCAUCUCCGAUAUCACUGAGCUGGGCCCCAGCAGCCCCGGGGCUUCCCCGGGCGCCAACAGAGAUGAGAGGUCUCUGUCCGGCAGCUCCCUGGUUCGAGUCAAGGAGGAGCCCCCUAGCCCACCUCAGAGCCCCCGGGCAGAGGAUGCCAGUCCUGGGCACCCAUCCUCCGUUGCGGACACCCCGCUGUCCCCGACCGCCCUCAUUGACUCCAUCCUGCGGGAGAGCGAGCCCGCCCCUCCUGCCUCGGCCACUCCCCUCCUGGAUGAGGGGGGCCGCCCCCCCUCUCCCCUGCCCGCCUCGGCCCCCGAGAAGUGCCUCAGCGUAGCCUGCCUGGACAAUUUGGCUCGCGCUCCACUGAUGUCUGGGGUCGCCCGCCUCUUCCCCUGCCCCUCUUCCUCUCUGCAUGGCCGAGUCCAGCCAGGGAUGGAGCUCAGUGACCACUUGGACGCCAUGGACUCCAACCUGGACAACCUGCAGACCAUGCUGACCAGCCACGGCUUCAGCGUGGACACCAGUGCCCUGCUGGACCUGUUCAGCCCCUCGGUGACCGUGCCAGACAUGAGCCUGCCCGACCUUGACAGCAGCCUGGCCAGUAUCCAGGAGCUCCUCUCUCCCCAGGAGCCCCCCAGGCCUCUCGAGGCAGAGAACAGCAGCCCUGACUCAGGGAAGCAGCUGGUGCACUACACGGCCCAGCCCCUGCUCCUGGUGGACCCAGGCUCCGUGGACGUGGGGAGCAGCGACCUGCCGGUGCUCUUCGAGCUGGGGGAGGGCUCCUACUUCUCCGAGGGGGAUGACUACGCAGAUGACCCCACCAUCUCCCUGCUGACAGGCUCUGAGCCCCCCAAAGCCAAGGACCCCACUGUCUCCUAGAGGCCCCAGGAAGGGGGCGGCCUGUGCCGUCCCCUACCCCUCCUGGUGCAGGGCUGGUCUCAGGGGAGCCAGGAACCUGGGGCAGGGCGGGGCGUGGCCCCAGUCAGCACCAAGGACCCAGGUCCUGUGUGCCGUGGCUUGCUUGGGGCUUCACAGCCACAUUUGGACUGACCAGUACACAGGUGUUCACAGAAUUGUAUUUUGGAUUUUUACAUGAGAGUUCCCCUUUCUCCUUAGGUAGAGACAUAGAUAUAUACACGGACGGACGCACGGACAGGUGGACGAGACAGGCAGAGAUCUAUAAAUGACAGGCUCUGUA